AUGAGCUCCAACGAUAUCCCCAGCGGCGACGUUGUCGACAACGACUACACUUCCCGUACCGGCCAGUCUCAAAUCCCCGUUCAGAAAGAUGAGGCGCCCGUAGAGUCCACCGAGUACGAUAACGGAGGUGACUCUGAUAAGCAGCUUGAACGCGACGAGAAGGAUGCCAUUGACAGCAGCAACAUCAUCGAAGAGCGUACCCGGGGCGCCACGAAGACGUCUGGCACCUACCGCGAGCCUGGUGACGAGGAGGGCCUUGGUGCAGCGGCGGAUGGCAGCGAUGGAACCUCUUCUGUUCGCUAA